UCUUGUAAUGGAAGAUGGAAGACAAAGGGGCUCGUGUUGCUGACUACUUUGUUGUCGCAGGAUUAACAGAUAUUUCAAAACCACUAGAGGAAGAAAUCCACUUCAAUGAUGCUUGCCAUAAAAUUGCUAAACCAAAAGAACCUAUUACAGAUGUAACAGUAAUUAAUAAAUCUCUGGGGGAGGAAGUUCCUCAGGGAUAUAAAUGCAUAGAUGUUACUCCUUCAGGACUGUCUGCAGAUCUCAAUAAUGGCAGUCUGGUGGGACCGCAGAUAUACCUUUGUUAUCGCCGAGCAAGGGAUAAGCCCCCACUUACUGAUCUGGGGGUUUUGUAUGAUGGGAAAGAAAGAGUAAAGCAGGGUUGUGAAAUAAUUCACACUACUCCCUAUGGUCGGCCUGCCAACAUCAGCGGCAGCGCCUCCUCGCAGAGAGUGUACGUCACUUACCGGCGGGCGUCCGACAACAUGACACAGAACACCUUGGCUGUUACUGAUAUAUGUAUCAUCAUACCAAGUAAAGGAGAAACCCCCCCACAUACCUUCUGCAAGGUUGACAAGAAUCUUAAUAAUAGCAUGUGGGGCUCAGCAGUAUAUUUAUGUUAUAAAAAGUCCGUGGCAAAAACCAACACCAUAUCAUAUAAAGCUGGUUUAAUAUGCAGAUACCCUGAAGAAGAUUAUGAGUCAUUCCCACUACCAGAAUCUGUGCCUCUUUUUUGUCUACCUAUGGGUGCAACGAUUGAAUGUUGGCCAUCUAACAGUAAAUACCCUCUCCCAGUUUUUUCCACAUUUGUACUGACUGGAGCUUCUGCAGAAAAGGUAUAUGGUGCUGCUAUUCAGUUUUAUGAACUGUAUCCUGAAGAGAAUCUCUCAGAGAAACAAAAAUCUCAGCUGGGAUUAGCAGCUGCAGCUGAGAGCAAGUCAGAUUCAUGUAGAACAGUUCAAACAAAUAAAUGCAUCUGUCUGCUCUCUCACUGGCCUUUUUUUGAUGCUUUCAAGAAGUUUCUUACCUUUCUGUAUCGUUACUCCAUUUCUGGUCCACAUGUCCUACCCAUUGAGAAACACAUUUCCCAUUUCAUGCAUAAAGUUCCUUUUCCAUCCCCUCAGAGGCCAAGAAUUCUAGUUCAGCUAUCUCCACAUGAUAACCUGAUUCUUAGCCAACCUGUGUCAUCACCUCUUCCACUGAGUGGGGGCAAGUUUUCUACACUACUUCAGAAUUUAGGACCUGAAAAUGCUGUAACUCUACUUGUGUUUGCAGUGACCGAACACAAAAUUCUCAUCCAUUCAUUGCGACCUUCUGUCCUUACUAGUGUGACAGAGGCAUUAGUCUCUAUGAUAUUUCCCUUCCACUGGCCUUGCCCAUAUAUUCCUCUCUGUCCCUUGGCACUGGCAGAUGUGUUAAGUGCACCAUGCCCAUUCAUAGUGGGAAUUGAUUCAAGAUACUUUGAUCUCUAUGACCCUCCACCAGAUGUUAGCUGUGUGGACUUGGAUACCAAUACAAUUUCUCAAACUGGAGAUAAGAAAGCUAUUGCAUGGAAGAUCUUACCAAAGAAACCUUGUAAAAAUUUGAUGAACACUUUAAGUAAUUUAUAUCAGCAACUGGCAGAAAUGCAACAGAGACCAAGAGAAGAUGCGUUAAUGGAAUUAGCAAUGAAUGACUAUGAUUUUAAUUCUGGGAAGAAAUUACAUUUGUUAGAUUUGGAGAUCCAGGAAGCAUUUCUGUGUUUCAUGGCCUCAAUACUAAAAGGUUACAGGUCUUACCUCAGGCCAAUAACAGAGGCACCUUCUGAAACAGCCACAGAUGCAAGUUCCCUCUUUGAACUACAAGGCUUCCUCAAAAGUCGAGAUCGUUCCCAUCAGAAGUUCUACACCCUGAUGACCAAAACUCAGAUGUUCAUCCGCUUCAUUGAAGAGUGUUCCUUUGUCAGCGAUAAGGACGCAAGCCUUGCGUUUUUUGAUGACUGCGUGGACAAAGUAGACAUGGACAAAACUGGGGAAACACGACUUAUAGAGCUGGAUGAGUCAUACAAGAGUGAGCACACGGUGUUCAUAACACCACCCGAGAUCCCUCACCUGCCAAAUGGUGAAGAACACCCUCUGCAGUACAGCUAUAAUGGGUUUCCAGUGCUAAAACUAGAUUUGUUUGAGCGACCGGAAGGAUUUCUCACAGCACCAAAUAACAAGCUGUCCUCAAAAGCCAGCAGUCCCAACAGCCCAUCACCAAUGUUCAGAAGGACUAAACAGGAAAUUAAAUCUGCACAUAAAAUUGCAAAGAAGUACUCAUCCAUACCCCAGAUGUGGUCCAGAUGUUUGUUACGUCACUGCUAUGGUCUUUGGUUUAUCUGCCUUCCUGCAUAUGUCAAAGUGUGCCACUCCAAAGUCAGGGCUCUGAGAACAGCCUAUGAUGUGCUACAAAAAAUGCAUACCAAAAAAAUAGAUCCACCUGAUGAGGUGUGCUACCGAGUGCUCAUGCAACUGUGUGGGCAGUAUGGUCAGCCCGUGCUAGCAGUGAGAGUGCUGUUUGAAAUGCAGAAAGCUGGUAUUGACCCUAAUGCCAUUACUUAUGGCUACUACAAUAAGGCGGUGUUGGAGAGCACCUGGCCUUCCAGCAAUCGAGGUGGCUAUUUCCUAUGGAUGAAAAUCCGGAACGUUGUUUUAGGAAUAGCACAGUUUAAAAAGGCAUUGAAAAAGCUACCAGCAAACACCUCACAUACAGCUGUUCCUGGGGGACUUUCAGACUUGGGCAAUAACACAUCAUUCAAAGAAGAAUCCAAGCAAGGUAAAACUUGUCUUCAAGAUAUACAAGAACAAAAAGAGGACAAGAGAGAGAGUGACUCCAGUUCUCUGUCUGAAGUGGAGAGCACAAAAGGGAGUGGUGACUGCCUCUCUAAGCUGAAUUACCAGAACUCAAGUGAUGCCAAAGCUGCUUCCAGCAUCGUGCGGCUCAACGGUACCGUUGACAACACAGUAGCAGAAGCAGACACAGUGAGUUUAGAGAGUUCUGUAGGAUUGCUGUUUACAUCACCUUUUGAGGAUGCCAGUGAAGCAGAAGUUAUAGAAAGCAAAUCCUUAAGAAAGAGACAUAAAAGCACCAUUGAACCUGACCUGAGGGAAGUGCCAUGGGAAAGCAGGAGCCGUAACCUGAGUGGAGAUGGGUUAGUGGGACUCAUGAUAAAUAGCAUCAAUCAGGAAUCAAACCCUGGAGAAAUUGUUGAAAAACUAGGAGCUGAUGCCAGAAUCCUAUCUAGUGCAUUACAGAAAAGCAUAAGGCCAAAAACUCUUAAUAUAAGAACUUCCUCUUUGGGAUCUAAGAGAGAGAGCCUGGAGAAAGAAUCUAGUGAUGAAGAUGCAGCUUUUGAUGGCAGUUUUACAGAUAAAACAGAGUCUCCUGUUAUCUUUGAUCUGGAAGAUUUGGAUGCAGAACCAGAAACACCUACAGCAGUGAAACCCUCCUGUGAAAAAUCUAGAAGGUUGCAAAGAAAGAGCAGCUUUCCAGUAAAGACAGUUGAAAAGACUGAUGUUGAAACUGGGUUUGAUCCACUGUCUCUGCUGGUUGCUGAGACAGAACAACAGAAAGAGGAUGAAGAGGAUGAGGAUGACAGAAGUGUUUCUACACCAUCUGCAAGACGAGAUUUAGCUGAGGAAAUAGUCAUGUACAUGAACAACAUGAGCAGCCCUUUGUCAAGUCGUGCCCCAAGCAUUGAGUUGCAAAAACCCUGUGAUGACAGAAAUGCUAAUAAAAAGAGCCCAACAGUAAUCCAGCCUUGUAGGAGGUCCAGCCUUCCCCCCAACUCCCCAAGGCCAUCCAAUCUUACCAAAUCCAAGAGUUAUCAUGCAAGGCAUGAAGAAAGGCCAAGAGACAGACUUUGGUCCUCCCCAGCUUAUUCUCCAAACAGUCCAGCAAAGGAGCAGCCAGCAGAUGCUACUGGUGCAUUAACACUGGUGUCUUCACCGUCGUUCAACCUGGAUACUCUGUUAACACCCAAGUUUGAUGUUCUAAAAAGCAGCAUGUUUUCUGCUGGAAAAGGGGUUGCAGAGAAAGCUAGCAAGUGGUACUCAAAAUUUACUAUGUAUGCUGCAUCCUCUAAGGAUCAAAAUUCAGAUCGAGCAAGUGUUUCAUCUCUUGGAGCUCUGGACUCAGAAUCUACUUCUCUAACUGACGAAGAUGUCUGCAAUGAUUUUGAAAGUGCAUCUCCUCAGGAGAAUAACACAUCAGAAAUCAAGAGAAUUGGCCUCAGCAGGACAAGCCUAGAAAGCUCAGCUUCCCAUGAUGGUUCUCUUUCCAAGUUCCCUUUACCGGACAAAUCAGAGUUGGUGUCUUCUUGCAGUACAAGCAGUACCAGUGUGUUUCAGAACUAUGCUAUGGAGGUCCUCAUCUCAAGCUGUUCAAGAUGUCGAACUUGUGACUGUUUGGUUCACGACGAAGAAAUCAUGGCAGGUUGGACAGCAGAUGAUUCAAAUCUCAACACCACGUGUCCCUUCUGUGGCAACUUAUUUCUGCCUUUUUUAAGCAUAGAAAUCAGAGAUCUGCGGCGACCUGGACGUUAUUUUCUGAAGUCUAGCCCUUCUACAGAAAACAUGCAGCUCCCAUCACUUUUUGCAAAUCAGAGUGGAAAGCCCUGUAACACUGCAGCUCCUGUUGGCCUUGCUACAUCACUGAUGUCUGUGCAAGAGGAUAUAAAUUCAAAGAGCAAAUCUAAGCAGCAUGACAAUAUCUGUGCCAGAAGCAUCCAGAUUCCCUCAGGAAGAAGACAAAACACCUCUGGGUCAGAUUGUACAAGUCACCCUGUAGCAAGGAGUAUCAGUACUUUUGGUCCAUUGGAAGAGGAUGAGGAGGAAAACCAGAAGAUGAGCCAUAUCAUUCCUACUGGUAGCCUGCCUGCUACUUUGCAAGGACCAACAGAUUCCUUGGGCCUAGAAUGGCACUUGCCUAGUCCUGAUCCUAUAACGGUUCCUUAUCUCAGUCCUCUAGUGGUAUGGAAAGAGCUUGAGAGCUUACUUGAAAAUGAAGGGGAUCAUGCAAUAACAGUGGCAGACUUUGUAGAUCAUCAUCCUAUUGUGUUCUGGAACUUGGUGUGGUACUUCAGGCGCUUGGACUUGCCCAGCAACUUACCAGGAUUAAUACUUUCUUCUGAACACUGUAAUAAAAACUCCAAGAUUCCACGGAACUGUAUGUCAGAGGACAGUAAAUACGUGCUUAUUCAGAUGCUGUGGGACAAUAUGAAAUUGCAUCAGGAUCCAAGGCAGCCUCUCUAUAUCUUGUGGAAUGCUCAGACCCAGAAGUAUCCAAUGGUCCAUUUAUUGCAAAAAGAUGAUGACUCUUUUAAUCAGGAGCUCUUGAGAAGUAUGGUAAAAAGCAUUAAGAUGAAUGAUGUGUAUGGACCAAUGAGUCAGAUAUUGGAGAGACUGAACAAAUGGCCACACAUUAAAAGGCAGAGGAGCCUUUACAGAGAAAUACUCUUUCUUUCACUUGUUGCUCUAGGAAGAGAUAACAUUGAUAUAGAUGCUUUUGACCGAGAGUACAAAAUGGCCUAUGAUCGUCUGACAGCUAAUCAGGUGAAGAACACUCAUAAUUGUGAUAGACCACCAAGUACUGGAGUGAUGGAAUGCAGAAAGAUUUUUGGAGAACCUUACCUUUAA